AUGAAUUUGUAUCACAUUCUUCUUGUCGCCAUCUUGGCAAUUCUUUUCAACGGCGCCACUGCUCAAUGGGGACGCGGUGGUAGAUACGGUGGCCGUGGAUAUGGUGGACGCGGAUAUGGUGGACGUGGAUAUGGUGGACGUGGUGGUUUCGGUCCAGGCGGGUUUGGACAUGGUGGAUUUGGGCACGGUGGAUUUGGAAGAGGGUUCUUCGGAAGAAAAUAA